GGCAUUUCCAAUCGAUCUUUGAAUUUUUUUCGAAUAGGCUGUGAAAGCGCUGACAGCCGAGUUGGUUCCCCUGUCCACAAACAGAAACAGAUGACAGUGAAGAUGCUGCUUUUAGGUCUGGUCUCCAUCCUCAGUGUCACCGUGCCCUGUCUCUCUGUCUACAACAGCGGGGAAUGCUACUUCGAUGCCAAAGGGAGCUGUGAGUACAGGGGCCAGGGGUAUGGAAUAGGGGAGAGUUGGAUGACCAAGGAGUGCUACCAAUGCAUCUGCAUGGAGCCAUUUGGAGUGGGAUGCUGUGAUCAGGGACCUCAGCCUGUGGACUACCCAGGUUGGUGUGACGUGAUCCGCAAGCCAGACUCCUGCGCCACCCUCGCUGUGAUGAAAGCAAAUCACAAGCUGCCUUGUCUUUGGGGAAGGGGCCGUUUGAGACCAGGGGUGAGACGGCCAUGGAAAUCUAACAACAGCCCUUUGUUUGGAUCGGCCCAUAAUUCAGCCACUGAAAAGGGGGAAGAGGGGUUAAUUGAAUGAAACUCUAAUUGGCUGUGUUUCACUGUCACAUUAUAAAUGCAUAUUGAUAGUAUGAUGCUUAUAAUAUGAUAUUGAUAAGAUACUACUGUGUAACACAAUCCAUUGACAGCCACAGCUACUACUAGCCCAUUAAAGAAUGGUGCUGAAAGGGUAAUUAGGGAAAGCAUGUGUUGUUACAUUUGCAUGCAUUCAUUAAUUUUUUUCAUGUAGAUUACAUUUCACAUAUUUAUUAUUCUGUGACAAAACGU